UAUCUGGAAAAGCUAAUCGAGCACGCCAGACAGGUGUCUCUUGAACACUUUAGAGAAACUUUAUCAGCUUGUGCUCUGUUCGUUUGUAACAAGUGGGACCAAGUGCCAUCAGAAGAAACUGAUGAGGUUAAGGAUCACAUCGUCAGAAAACUUAAACGCUGCUGGCCUAACGUAGACCCUGAAUCUCAGAUCAUUUACAUGUCCUCCACCACUGCCAGAGAAGCCCAAACUCUUGGAAUAAUCUCAGAGGAGUUCGCUGCAUUGAUGAAUGGAAUCAAGUCCAUGGUCUUGAAAAGCGUCAAAGAAAGACUGUUCGUCCAAUGGAGGUGGCUUUAUCACCUUCUUUCACGCAUGGUGUUUCACACGAAAGCGUUUAUUAAUAAUUCGUCCAAAGAUCGUCAGGAAGUCUUCGACAGAAUGAUUUUGAUAAAUGAACGCCUCCGUGGCAUUGAGGAGAAGGAGAAUUCAGUUGGUAGGGAGCUACAGGAGUACCUCGAAAACCAAACAGAAAGCGCUGUCACCUCACUGUCCAAGUACCUCACGUCUUCAGAUGUUGUGCAAAAAUUCACUUCGUGGACGUUGGACGAUACUCCACGGGCGAUGGGGAAAUGGGAAGUGACCAAAAUUUACAUCCAAGAAGCAUUAACGAAGCGACUUCAAGAAUUUAUUGCAGAAUGGGAGGAACGUGAACAAGUCUUUUCCGGCGCUCGUGGCUCUCUAAUCCAGCACUUUCAACAGCGAUACAGCUAUGUCGUGGAACAACUUGAAAACCUGGAGAGCUUCGUCAUAGCAGAAGACGUGCCUGCUCUAGCAAAUGACUGCCUGCCUUCUGAGAAAUUUUCUGUGGCUAGCAAAGUAGUAAUCGGGGUCACAAGUCCUAUUUGGGUUCCAAUUGGCGUGGUUGCCUUCGUUCUCAGCGUAACAGUAGUUGGGGUUGUAGCUAUGAAAGAAAAGUUAGGAAAUUGGAAUAAAAUAAGAAAGUACGAAAACGACAAAUGUGGCUUCAUGGCAAAAGCGUCUUUAGAAUACCUACUUGAAGCGGCUAAAAAACAGAACCUGAAGUCUUUAGUGGUCGAACAGCUUAAGGAGGCUCGAGUCUGUCUCGAGCAGGUUGUAAAUCGCAUUCCCGAGCUCAUAAAGGCUGACAGAAUAUUGUGCCAGAAACUUACAAAUGACAGCAGCUCACAGAAAGAACUAGAUAUUUACAGACCGAUACAUGAGAGAAGUUUACAAUUGAGGAGAAAAAUGGCCGUUUUUGGCAUUCAGGAAGUAUCCAUCAUGGACAUCAGUUGCGACGAUCUAGAAUUGAGAGCCGAUAAAAUUUCACCUCUCGGGAGGGACGCAUUUACCACUGUCCAUCGAGGGACAUUAAAAAUGCGAAGAAAAGAUGAAUCCGUCGAAGUGGCUGUGAAAGUGUGGAAUAGUGAACUGGAAAAUUUUGAUGCAAGUGACUUUCUUUCCGAAAGAGAGACACUGAGGAAGCUGAAUUAUCCAUUCAUCGUAAAUUUCUAUGGUGCUGCACUGAUUAGAGAAGAAGAACGGUUGAGAGUAACUCUUGUGAUGGAACUUUGCAAAGAAAACUUGAUGGAACGCAUUUUCCAGAAUCGGGACAAUAUACCUAGUCUGUCCUUAACACCUGGUGCCGCGAGAAGUGUAAUUCGAUGGGCGAGAGACAUCGCCAAUGCUCUCAAGUUUAUACACAGUCAGGGCAUUGUUCACAGAGAUUUCAAGUUGGAAAACAUCAUGGUAAGUACGAAAAAUGGCACACGGAUCAUAUCUACAGGAACAAUGAAGGAAACUUUUUACAUUGCCCCAGAAGUGAUCAAAUCAGGGUUUUAUGAUAGCAAGGCCGAUAUCUACAGCUUCGGCAUAAUGCUCUGGGAGAUGUGGUAUGGAAAAAGAGCCCUUACAGAUGUAGAGGGAGACGUGAGAGCGGUUUAUGGUGAGGAUGCUGAACGUAAUAGACCAACGCAAGUCGACCAAGACAGGAAGAAACCUCCGCCUACAUUGCAAGAUGUAAUGCAAGGUUGCUUGGAUGAAGAAGCAGACAAACGACCAGAUGCCACAGCAUGUCGUCAAAGGUUGACCAUGCUCUACCAGGACACAUUUCCACCAAUUUGA